UUGCCUUGGUGAGAGGCGAGCGCUCUCACUGCUAUGCCAUCCAUGCUUCCUAUAAACUGAUUUCAAGAUGCUGAAAAAUGCGUCUUUCUUACCCACAAAUGCCACUCACUGAAUUAACAAGAAUGUGAUGAUUUUGGAGGAAGCAUGCAACAUGCAAAACCGCUAGCCCCACGUUGAAAUAGGGUUUUUCAUUGCUGUCAAUCACAACUAAUCAGUCAGUACCUUUCAAAAUUUUGAUCAGGACGGCAGUGAAAAACCAAACUUCAGCAUGCAGCUCAUAGCUAAUGACUUUGCAUGGUUAUGAAAAUAGCAGUUAACGAUUUUCAAUUUGGCAGAAUCUGGUAUGUUGACAAGACUGUUGUUUUUCCUGAGAUACGACUGCUGUGCUUGUCCUGCUUACAGGGACAGAAUGUUGCUUUUGAUCAUAGCAAAUGCUGUCAACUGGAUGUUGUGAUAGGAUUUGAUGGCGUUGAUGAUGAGAGUAAAGGAGAGAGUCAGCUGUUCAGUCAGAACAGCCCACUACCAGCCAACUGGACAUCAGAGGACAACCCUCCCUACUCUUACUACCUGUACGACAUGUAUUCCAAUAUGGUCUGCUUGAAUCAUCUUAGACGAGAGCGAGGUUUCAACACCUUCAAGGUUCGUCCACACUGUGGUGAGGCUGACCCCGCCCAUCAUUUAGUGACAGCCUUCAUGUUGAGUGAGAACAUUUCCCAUGGCCUACUGUAAGGAAGGUAUUGAGUGCGCACAUUUUCUUUCAUAAC